AUGGAUGGUGUUUAUGAGCAUACAUGUGAGAACAAUGAAUAUGAGAGUGAAUAUGAGAGUGAAUAUAAGGAAGAUGAGAGUGGUGAUCAAGCCCAAGAAAAUGAAGAAAUGGAUGCAGAUGAGUCAGAUAUUGAGGAAGUAUUGGUUGAUGAUGAAUAUAGGGAAGAUGAAAGUGAGAGUGCAGCUCAAGAAAUAGAUACAGGAGAGGAUUCAGACAUUGAGGAAAUAUUGGUUGAUGAGAGAGAGAAAUCCUUUAAAGGCUUUUCAGGGGAUUAUGGCCUUACUACCCAAACUUUACUUCAAUGA